GGCCAGAAAAUGCGCUACAACUGGAUCAAUUUUUAGAAGCUGUAAAAACUUGCGAAUCAAGUUUCUAUGUCUAUAAAUAGUCAUCUAAGCGUUACUACUUGCUAAGUCCCAGAAAAGGUAGAAUCAUCUGAUCCGAAAACAGCAGGGAACAGAAAGAGGGAUAGUGAUGAAGAAGUUGUUGUUUCUGAUCAAUGUGUGAAUGAUAACAAGAUGAGGAGAUUCUGCAGUGUUGAUGUUAAAGAAGAGAAUCAAUCGAUGGAGGAGAAUAAAUCAAUGGCAAAGGGUUGUGAUGAAGAUGACAGGGUUAAGAUGCCUCUUCCACUUUCAUCAUCUGUGGAUUUUUUCAAUUAUAACGAGUUUGAUUAUAGUUUUAACCAAGAUGAGUGGCUUAAUCUUCCUGGGCUACCUACUACUAUUGAUCAGGAGUUAAGUGAUCUAUCUGUUGAAAAGAUUGAAAGGAAUUUGGAGCCCAAGUUUGGUAUGAUUUCAGAAAAAUCAAAUCAGUUGAUUGAGGAGAAUAAAUCUAUGGCAAAGGGCUGUAAUGAAGAUGAUAUGGUUAUGAUGACUGAAUUCCCCGCUCUUCCACUUUUAUCAUCUAUAGAUUCAUUCAAUUAUAACGAGUUUGAUCAAGAGGAGUGGCUUAAUCUUCCUAUUACUACGCAUGUUUGAUUUACUGAUAUGAUGAAGUGCUGAAAAAGACUAGUGCUGACUGCAAUGUUUUUGAUUUUGUUUAAUGAUGUAAUGUAAUGUAGAUGCACUAAAUGUUGAAUUUGUAGUGCAGUCUUUUGCGUUCAUAAUUUCAGAUGUGUGCAGUAUAAUGUUUUUGAUUCUGGCAUCUCUUAGUGUAGUUCAUUCAUAUGAAUAUGUUAGC